GGUUCUCCUGAUCUGAAAGCUGCCAGAGAGGUGGCAGACUACCUUGGAACUCGUCACCAUGAGUUUCACUUUACUGUGCAGGAAGGAAUUGAUGCACUAGAUGAAGUCAUUUAUCAUGUUGAAACAUAUGAUGUGACCACUAUCAGAGCCAGUACACCAAUGUUUCUCAUGUCUCGGAAGAUAAAGUCCUUGGGUGUGAAAAUGGUUCUAUCUGGUGAAGGUUCUGAUGAAAUUUUUGGCGGUUAUUUAUAUUUCCACAAGGCACCCAACAAAGAGGAGUUUCACCAAGAAACUUGUAGAAAGAUUAAAGCACUUCAUCUUUAUGAUUGCUUGAGGGCCAACAAAUCUACUUCAGCUUGGGGUGUUGAAGCUCGUGUUCUGCAAGCUAUUUCUAGACUCAAACUUGCUGCGAUCUAUGUUAGGUCUAGAGAAUAUCUGCCAAAUAAAACAAUGGAAGGUACACUCAAAACUUUUCUUGAAACAUUGCAGAUCAGACCUGAUCUCGGAAGAAUAGAAAAGUGGGUUCUACGCAAUGCUUUUGACGAUGAUCAGAAUCCUUAUCUGCCAAAGCAUAUCUUGUAUAGGCAGAAGGAACAGUUCAGUGAUGGAGUUGGCUACAGUUGGAUUGAUGGUUUGAAGGAUCACGCAAGCAGACUGGUUUCUGAUUCUAUGUUAGCGAAUGCAAGUUUCGUUUACCCGCAUAACACACCCACGACAAAGGAAGGAUACUACUAUAGAACUAUUUUUGAGCGAUAUUUCCCCAAGAAUGCUGCGAGGGAAACAGUUCCAGGUGGUCCAAGUGUGGCAUGCAGCACUGCAAAAGCAGUAGAAUGGGACGCAGCUUGGUCCAAGAAUCUAGAUCCAUCUGGACGAGCUGCACUCGGUGUUCAUGCAGCUGCUUAUGAGGAUGCAUCAGAGGUUAAAACCACAGUCGCAACAGAUACCCCUCAGAAACUUGAAGUUGAUAAAGCUGCAGUAGCUGUUUGAUUGUAUCCUCAUUCGCGCUGGGAAGUUCAUCCUGGUCUAACAUAUUGAAAACAUGACUUGUUCUUACUGUCAAUUUAUUUAACUUCUUUCACGAGUUUGAAUUCUUCGGUGUUAUUCCCUGUGUGUUUCUCUUUUUCUUUUUUUGGGUUGUAGAUACCCUGUUUCUCAGUUACCCGAGUUUAUUCUACUAGAAGAAAUAUGCAUGAAUUGUGACAAAUA